AUGGAUUGCAUUUGGGUUUUGCUUGGAAUGUCACUGAGCAGUAUGGCAAUAAAUUUUCAUUCUCUUAGGCACUCGAAAAAUUUCUCUAUUACCUUCUUCACUUUCAUCAAUUUUUUGCUUCCCUUUUCCCAUCCACUUUCCUUCAGUAUAAGCCGCUUUGAGCCAGGUGCAAAGAACAUACAUUAUGAUGGUGAUGCUGCUCCUUCUUCAUUUGGAAUGAUUGAACUCAACCCAAUCGAUUCAUUCCGUGUUGGCCGGGCUACAUAUGCAAAACCUCUGCACUUAUGGGACAAGGGCUCACUUGCAGACUUCACCAGUAAUUUCUCUUUCACAGUCGACACUUUUAACAAUCGCUUAGGCCAUUUUGCAGAUGGACUUGUCUUUUUCCUUGCUCCUGUUGAUUAUCCAAUUCCACCCAACUCUAAUGGUUCUAAUCUAGGACUAUUCAACAGCACAACUCGUUAUGCAGCUUCCCAAAACCAAGUUGUAACGGUUGAGUUAGACACUUUCCCAAACAUAGAGUAUGAUCCACCAGCACCGCAUGUUGGGAUAAAUAUCAACACCAUCUCAUCAGUUGUUAAUGCUAGUUGGGAUGCUAGCCUUCACAGUGGGAAAGUGGGUCAUAUCCAGAUAGCUUAUAAUGCUACCACCUACAACCUCAGUGUGUUUUGGACAUAUGAGGAUAACUUGAACCCAGAUUAUGGGAGCACUAAUUCUUCUCUUUCUUAUAUUAUUGACUUAAGAAAGGUUCUGCCUGAGUGGGUUACCAUUGGAUUCUCAGCUGCUACUGGAGCGGUGGAUGAGCGGCACGUUAUAUAUUCAUGGGAUUUCAGUUCUGAUUUGGAUUCAGAAGAGACUAGCAAGAAUGAGUGGAUGGCAAUCUUGAUCGAGGUGGCUGCAGCUUCUUUGUUCGGUUUGUUGCUUGGGUGGACCAUAUAUUGGUUCGUCAGAAGGAAGAGGAUAAGAAGACUAGCCUCGAAAGAUGCAAAAGGAAAUGGCAAUUACUCCAAUGCUGAUGUACCCCGCUCUAUAAAUGCAGAUCUUGAGAGAGCAUCCUUACCAAAACAAUUUGCUUACCAAGAAUUACUUAAAGCCACCGAUGGCUUUGCAGAUGGUAGUAUAUUAGGCCAAGGAGGUUCUGGACGAGUUUAUAAAGGAAUCCUUCGGGACCUAGGACUCACAGUUGCUGUCAAGAUGAUUAUUGCAGAAUCUGAUCCGAACUAUGAGAAAACAUUCACCAAUGAAGUUAAGAUCAUAAGCCGCUUAAUCCAUCGGAACCUGGUGCAAUUUAUUGGAUGGUGUUACAAGGAAGGAGAAUGCCUACUUGUUUAUGCCUACAUGCCUAACAGCAGCCUUGAUAAGCAUCUGUUUGGCUCCAGGACAACCCUACAGUGGCAUUUGAGGCAUAAGAUCGCUUUAGAUCUAGCCUCAGCCCUUCAUUACCUGCAUGAAGAUGCAGAGCAGCCAGUACUUCAUAGGGAUAUCAAAUCAGCUAACGUCUUGUUGGACAAGGAUUUCAACUGUAAGCUCGGUGAUUUUGGGAUUUCUAAACUUGUGGAUCCCCGGUUUAGGACUCAGACAACGAGGGUGGUAGGGACUUUGGGAUACAUCGCGCCAGAAUAUGCAAAUGAAGGGAGGGCCAGUAAAGAAUCAGACAUGUUUAGUUUUGGAGUUCUGGCCUUGGAACUUGCAUGUGGAGAUAGGGCUUACCAGGAUGAAAGAUUUCAGGUCGCACUUGUCAGUCAGGUUUGGCGACAUUACCUUUCUGGAAAUGUUCUGGAUGUAGCUGAUAAGAGACUGGAUAUGAUAUUUGAUCAAAGGCAAAUGAAAUGCUUGUUAAAUGUGGGAUUAUGGUGCACCAACCCUAACAGCAAGGAAAGACCAAAAGCUGGAGAUGUAAUGAAGGUGCUUCAGCUUGAAGCACCACUGCCGGAACUUCCACAUGACAUGCAUGACCGUUCACUGCCUCAACGUCAAGAUCAAGCUGGAUCUUCUCACUUAUCCUUAACUUCUAGCUUAGAAUGUCGUUAAGUAGUAUCAUAAUUAUCCA